AUGCAAGCUUGUAAGACUCUUAAGGAUCUUCCAGAUGAUCCUGCUGUGGAGUGGGACACUCAACUCCUUGCCACCCUUGUCCUGAAGCACAUAGAAGCCAAAAACAUCAACCUGGUGGUGACGUUUGAUGCAGGAGGAGUGAGUGGCCAUGCCAACCACAUCUCUCUUUACACUGCUGUCAGGUACCUGCAUUCAGAGGGGAAGUUACCUGAAGGGUGCCGUGUGCUGGUGCUGGAAUCAGUAAGUCUCUGCAGGAAGUACAUUUCCUUCCUGGAUGUCCUCAUUUCCUGCCUCCUGCCCAGGGAUGCACUCUUCAUCCUCACUGAGGAGGAGACUGAACAAGCCAAGAGAGCCAUGCGGUGCCACCGCAGCCAGCUCCUCUGGUUCCGCCAGCUCUACCUGCUCCUCUCUCGUUACCUGGUGGUCAAUUCCCUGCGCCUGCUCUCACAGGACAUGGCUCACAGCAGUCAGGAGUGAGCAACAAAACAACUGUGCCAGGCCCAGGACUCGAGAAAGCUCCUGUUUCAGGUGCUCAACAGGAUGGGGUGCUCUUUGUGUGGCAUUCUCCCCACUACAAAACCCAGGCUGGGUAAACUUCCUUCUGAGUAUCUUGUUGCCUGAUACAUUGAGAACAGGCUUAACAGCGACUCUCUCACCAUAGAAGCUUAAAUAAGAUGAGAAAUUUGGAUUGACUUUAACUGGGAGUCAAGCCCUGGAGGAUUCUGCACUGGAGAAGAUAUGGCACAAACUGUUUCUCCAGGAAGACAGAGCUGCAAGGACUGCUUGGCAACUCUCCCUUGGUGCUUUUGUAAAAUCCAGAUAUCAGGAGCAACUUUUCAAAGACCAUGCUAUCUCCACAGAUACCACAACCACAACAUCUUUGUUAUACAGUCAGAAGUUAAAAUAGCCAAAGUUUUUGAAUAAAACAUCAGAAAUCAUGCAGUUUUUAAUAAUUGCACU